AUGGCCCGGCGGCCCCGGGCGGAGAGCAGCGACAGCGCCGCAACUUCAGCUGGGCGCCCGCAUCGCCGCCUCCGGCCGCGGCCGCGCCGCCGCCGCCGCCGCCGCUGCCGGGCCCUUGUGUGCCGCCGGGAGGGCGGGCGCCAGCGGGGGCAGGCUGUGUGCGCCGCCGGCCCGCCCGCCCAUAGGGCCGGGGCCGGGCCGCGCUCCACCGGGCGCCGCCGCGGGUCCCUGGCGGCGCGGGCGCUGCCUCCGCCCCGCUCUCGCCGGCCCCGCGCCUCCCCAUUGGGCGGCGGGCGCGCGGGGCGCGCUCCGAUUGGCUCCCCGCCGCGGGGCGAUGCCGCUCCGCGGGGCGCGCGGCGGGGCGCGCGGCGCCUUAACCCCUUCCGGCCCGGCGGGGCGGUGCGGGACGGGGCGGCCGCGGACCGAGGGCGCUUCGGAAGGCGACGCGCACGGAACGCGACUUCGGCGGGCGCGGGUACCGCGCACCGCUCCGCGCGGUCCCGGGGAGGGCGUCGGCGCGCGGAGGGCGGCGGGAACCGACGAGCAGAGCUCCCGCCCGUAAAUAAAGGGCGAAAAUGCAGAAUCGCGCUCCGCUACGCGGUACGGAGCCGGCGGCGUCGGCCGUGUGACGGAGCUCCCGCUGUGCCGCCGCCGCCGCCCCGACGGAGCGGUUGGCGAUCUCUCCUCCAUCGGCCCCGACAUCGGCAGCUCGGAAGGGGAAACGGAGCGGGCACGAACGUUUCUCAGGUGGCCGGCAACUCGUGCACUGAGGCACCAGAACAGGGAAGGACGUGCCUUAGAAUUAUAGAAUCGUUUGAGUUGGAAGAGGCCCCGAAAGGCCAUCUAGUCCAGCUUCCUCGCAACAAACAGGGACACCUACAGCUUCAUCAGGUGCUCUCAGCCCCGUCCAGCCUGACCUUGCGUGCCUCCAGUCAGUCUUCAAUCUCCCCUCUAGUAGCCGAGUCCUACUUGGGGAGAGCAUCACGUUACAAUGUCCCCGCUUCUUCUCCCGACAUACACGGAGACGCAAACCCCGCAGCCUCUGGGCUCUGCCCAGGGUUCUGCUGGGAGACGGCAACGGCACAAACGGAGCUCCACUCGAGGAGCGGCUGCAGGUCGGGGGGAGCCGCCUCCUGGCUGCACCCGGGCUGUGCCAUCAACGAAUGCCGGCGUGCCCCGUGCAGCUCGCUUCUUCUGCGGGAAAAUCUCGUCUGCUUCCGACUCUAUUUCCUAAAUGACGCCCAUCUCUUUCCGAGGAGAGGAACCGAAUGAUCAAACGUGGGGAGCGUGCGGAUGUCCUGCCGGCAGAGGGGAUUUUCGUCGCACCGACUGGGCAAACCCUCAGCAAAUGAGCUCGGAGGGCUUUAAUAGCGGGCGGCGGUGCCCUUCUCCGCUCACAGUCCUUAUAUGGGGAAAAGCCGUGUCCCUGGGGCCGGGAGCCCCGAGCACCAACAUUCCUAUGGACGUUUACAGCCGAAGCGCAGAGCCGCCGGAGCGCUGCCGGCUGCGUGCGGCGCGGUGCGGCCGUGGCGUUGCUCGGGGCCGCGGGGCGAAGCGAUCCACGGCUCCUCCCGCAGCUCCGUCCCCCCCGAGCCCUCCCCGAGGGACCCCGGUGAGGACCCGCGGCUCUCACACCGCACGGCCCGGGAGGAGCGGGGCCGUCCCCGGGCAGAGCAGCGCCUCCCGUCAGUCCGCUCCUCCGCUCCGUCCCUGUUUUUAUGUCAGCUUUCCCGCUGCUGCGCCGCUUUAUGUUGUCAUCUUCCGACCUAUUUAUUUCCCCGCAGGACAGAAACACGGCCCAGGCAGGAUUCAAUUGAUUUGCUAAUAAGAAGCAAAGCAACACAUCCGAACGGCCAGGACUUUUCAGAAGCGGGGUUCAUUUGCAGUCUCUGAUAGAAGAACGGAAGCAGAAACGGAUCGAACGGUGCACCGAAGUCACCCGUGGGUCACCUAAACAGCCCUGCUCCGUCUGUGUGCGUGCUGUCUGUUGGAGCGCUGUAACAAAGAGUCGCUGCAUUGCACCGAAUGUAUUUGCUGCGUGCAAAGCUUUAGGGUCUUAAAAACACCCAUAGCAUGGAUUCAUUUGUUGUUAGCAGGUACAGCGUCACAGGUUUCCUCUGCCAGCCUCCAACAAAAUAAUAUUACCUACUUGUAUUUUUCUCCUUUUUUUCCCCUUUCUUUUUCUCUUUCUCUCUCUCGCUCUUUCUCCCUUCCCUUCCCUUCCCUUCCCUUCCCUUCCC